CUCUCCCUCUCUCUCUCUAUCUCAGGUUCCCAAACCUAUAGUAUUUUUUUUGUCCUUGUCCCUGCCUCUUGCUUCUUAAGAGCUGCCCAGCAGUCUCCCUGAUUGGAUUGGGUAGUUUGUCUUGACACACCACUGUGCUGAGUGCUUGAGGACGUGUUUCAACAGAUGGUUGGGGUUAGUGUGUGUCAUCACAUUCGAGAAGGGAUUAGAGAAGGAAGGUUGUCUUCCAGGAGCUGUGUGGUCCUCAAGUGUGAACCCUCACAAGAAGGGGGAAAAGGAGACAAGGGGGAAUCCAGUUUAAACCAGAGGAACUCUUUCUUUUCAGGAUCUCUGGGCUUCUUCCUGAGGAGUACAUACUAAAUAAUUGUGACAACAGGAUCAGUCGACUAACAUCAAAACUCCAGUUACUGAUUACAUCCGAGGUAUAGUUGGGUGGCAUCAGAUCUGCCACAAUGAAGUGUUUCUGUUUCGCCUUGUUUCUGGUUCUGUUCAUUAUUGAACUGCAAAGAUGUGAUGGAUCAACGACAGGAGGACAGGGGCUGAAAGGGCGCGUGCAGCGGGACAGGCGCAACAUCAGACCCAACAUUAUCCUGAUCCUCACUGACGAUCAGGAUGUCGAGCUUGGCUCUAUGCAGGUGAUGAACAAAACUAGGAAAAUAAUGGAGCAGGGAGGUGCUUCCUUCACAAACGCCUUCGUAAGCACACCAAUGUGUUGUCCUUCACGGUCCUCCAUGCUGACAGGGAAGUACGUCCACAAUCACAACACGUACACCAACAAUGAGAACUGCUCUUCUCCUUCGUGGCAGGCCCAGCAUGAGCCCCGGUCGUUCGCUGUGUACCUCAACAACACAGGCUACAGAACAGCUUUCUUUGGGAAAUACCUCAAUGAAUACAAUGGUAGCUACAUUCCACCAGGGUGGCGGGAAUGGGUUGGGCUGAUAAAAAAUUCCCGCUUUUAUAAUUACACAGUCUGUCGGAACGGCUACAAGGAAAAGCAUGGAUCCGAUUACGCCAAGGAUUAUUUCACAGAUUUAAUUACCAACGACAGCAUUAAUUACUUCAGAAUCUCCAAACGGAUGUACCCCCACAGACCGGUAAUGAUGGUCAUCAGCCAUGCCGCUCCACACGGACCAGAGGACUCGGCCCCACAGUUCUCAGAGCACUUCCCCAAUGCCUCCCAGCACAUUACACCCAGUUACAACUAUGCACCCAACAUGGAUAAGCAUUGGAUUAUGCAAUACACUGGCCCGAUGAGGCCCAUAAACAUGGAGUUUACCAAUUUUCUGCAUCGGAAAAGAUUGCAGACGCUUCUGUCUGUGGAUGAUUCUGUUGAAAAGGUAUAUGAAAUGCUUGUGGAGACUGGAGAGCUGGGCAACACCUACGUCAUAUACACAGCUGAUCAUGGCUACCAUAUCGGACAGUUUGGUCUAGUGAAAGGAAAAUCCAUGCCUUAUGAUUUUGACAUCAGAGUCCCUUUCUUUGUCCGUGGUCCCAACAUUGAGCCAGGAUCAAUCAAUCCUCAUAUGAUUUUAAAUAUUGACCUUGCUCCAACAAUUCUGGACAUCGCAGGACUCGAUACGCCUCCAGAUAUGGAUGGAAAAUCUAUCUUAAAACUGCUGGAACCAGAAAAAACAGAAAACAGGUUCAGAUCAAAUCGAAAACCCAAAGUCUGGCGGGAUACAAUCCUUGUGGAGAGAGGCAAAUUUCUUCGUAAGAAGGAGGAGAGCAGUAGUAAUAAUAUGCAGCAGUCUAACAACCUGCCCAAGUACGAGAGGGUGAAAGAGUUGUGCCAGCAAGCAAAAUACCAGACCGCCUGUGAACAGCCUGGCCAGAAGUGGCAGUGUAUUGAGGACACAUCAGGAAAGCUGCGAAUUCACAAAUGCAAAGGGUCUCUGAAAGUUUCAGCAAAAAGAAAGCGGACAAGAAGCCUGCGAUCCAGAGGGUCCGGUUCCAAGGAGGAGUGUGACUGUGGGAAGACCGACUACAGGCCAACCAGAGGGGAGCGACGGAGCCACAGACAGCUUUCUCAGGCUAACCAAAGGUACAAGCCACGCUUUGUUCACACUCGGCCAACAAGGUCCCUGUCGGUAGAAUUUGAGGGGCAAAUUUACGACAUUGACCUUGAAGAGGCACAGCCAGCCUACGAGCCACGGAACAUCAGCAAGCGCCACUAUGACUUGGAGCAGGAGGAUGUGGAGGAAAUGCUGGCUGAUGACAAUGCAGUGGGACAGCCCAACUCUGUAAAAGUCACUCACAAAUGUUACAUUCUGGCCAAUGACACAGUGCAUUGUGAGAGAGAAAUCUACCAGUCAUCCAGGGCCUGGAGGAAUCACAAGAGCUACAUCGCCCUAGAGAUUGAAGCUCUUCAAGACAAAAUUAAGAAUUUGCGAGAAGUAAGGGGACAUCUAAAGCGAAGACGACCAGAUGAAUGUGACUGUAGUAAGAGCUACUUUAACAAAGAAAAGUCACAGAGAAACAAAGAAAAACUGAAAAAUAGCAACCACCGUCUCCAUCCCUUUAAGGAAGCAUUACAAGAGGUUGAUGGUAAAGUGCAGAACUUUAAUGAAAGUCGGCGAAAGAAAAAGGAGAGAAAGCAGAAGAAGCGCUUGAAGAAAGGGGAUGACUGCAGUCUGCCAGGCCUCACCUGCUUUACACACGACAACGACCACUGGCAGACCGCACCCUUCUGGAACUUGGGAUCGUUCUGUGCCUGUACCAGUGCCAAUAACAACACUUACUGGUGUUUACGAACAAUUAACGACACACACAAUAUCCUCUUCUGUGAGUUUGCUACUGGCUUCUUGGAAUAUUUUGACAUGAACAGUGAUCCUUAUCAGCUGACAAAUGCAGUGCACACUGUUGACAGAGAAGUCCUGAACGAGCUUCAUCUACAGUUAAUGGAGCUGAGAAGCUGCCGGGGUCAUAGACAGUGUAACCCUAGAUCUAGGGGACUUGAAACAGAGAAGAGCAACUAUGGAAUGGAUGGGAAGGCUAAACUGCCAAACUUUACUGAGGACGUCAACUGGCAAGGACUGGAAGAUUUGUACCGUGUGAAUGAGACGUUGUUUGGGAACAGAUACAAUUAUAGUCUUAGCCUGGAUGACUGGACUAAUUAUUUGAAAGGUGUAGAUAGUAUGUUUACACUGCUAAACAUUUUUUAUGAACAAAAUGAAACAAAUGAGUCUGCCCUUAAUGAGGAUGGGGCUUCAUCUGACUUCUCCACAGGAUCCGGCUCGGGGGAAAUUCCCCCUACGGAAGAUGAAUCAAGCGGUGCAAUGACGACCACGGAUAACAUGCAGCCUACUGUGCCCACACCGGACUCUGAAACUGUAAGAUUCAGUACAGAUUUUAAAACUCCUGAAAAGAAACGUGAAUCCCAUAAUGACCUACCCGAGAGAGUCAUUCCAGGCUUGGAAUACUGGAGGAGCGGUCAAAAGGAAACGUGGACCAAACAGGUGGAAGAGGACUUGGACAGUGAUGGGUUCGUUUUCAGUGGAAAUGAUUUGAUCGAGAUGGAGAUCAGACAUGGCUUUGCGCUACAGUCAGUCUCCCAUCUUCAGCAGGAAUUUGUCCGAAAUGACGUUGAGGAGCAGGAGGACAUAUUCGAAGGCCACGGUUACCUUCCAGUAGAUCCAGACAGCCCCUUCCUUCACCAAACUGACAACACAGAUGGGCGCUGCUGUUCCCCUUAAAGAAGCAACCGCACAUAACAGGAGCAAAAACAAUCCAACCGAACAACAAACCUCUGAAAACUUCAACACAGAAGGCAGUAGCUUGUCUUCCCAUACCUUCAAAUAAAUAUAAGUUUUAAAGUAGCACAUUAAGACGACAGACUCCAGAAGGCAUGAAGAGACAAUGGGACAUUGCCAAAUGGGUCUGGUUAUCUCUGAAUCAAAAGUAGAAAUUUCCAGGUUUAGAAAUGGAGCAUUGUAUUUGUAAUAUUUGUAUUUGUACUAUUUUUUUUGUUUUGUUUUGUUUUUGUUACAACAGGAGCUUAAAAUAAUUAGACCACAGUGUUACCUAAUAUGUAUAGCCAAAUCCAAAUGUAGCUUUUCUAAAAUAAUAAUUUUCUUAUUUAAAUUCCAAGCUGAUUACUGGAUUUAAGCAAUUAUUUGCAAGCACAGGUCUAAUAAAUCUAUCAUUAAUGUCUGAGUAAACAGAAGUCUUUGGGCCUCAUUUAUGAAAGGGAGUUAAACUUUAUGGUGCGCAGUAAUUGAAAUUAGUGUGCACGUUCAUGAUUGCCGUAUUUACUAUUGCAAUUUUAUUCAUUAACGCGCAAAAUAGUGGGCAUGUUAUGGCACACACUAAUUUUAUUAUGCCACACUAUGAUAAUCAGAAUGAAUAUAAAUGUACUAUUUACUAAAGGGUGAUAAUUGUAGCGUGCACCUUAAAGUGAGCGAUAAUUAGUGCGUAUGGAAUCCAGACUUUAACCACUGAUAGACCUUAAACCUCUUUUUCUGGGCUGAAAAUUAGUGAUGUGCAGUUUUGAUUCUUUUUACCGACUUGAUUUGUUUGAUUCAUACAGUUAGUGAAUCAAAUCAACAGAUUUGUUUGUUUGAUUCACUAAUGCGAAAUAAAUACAUCUUGCUGAAUUACUUGGUUAUGAAAAUGUGUUUGAAUGGAGUAAGUCCAGAAAUGAUAAUUGAUUGCCUGGGACAGGGGUGUCAAACUCAUCUGGCAGCAAGUUAAGACUUGUUCACUUGAUGGCCCGCAUCGGAAAAAAAGAAAAAAAAAAUUAUACAUCGUAACGUACCUGAAAAUGUCUAUAGAAAUUGUAUGUAGGCCAAUAUACUCAAAUAUACUACUUUACACAAAACACAUUACCCUCACUGCAUGAUUCCGAGUCAUCAAUAAGUAUGCAGGCACAGUUUCAAUCAAUUAAUCAACGUAUUACUGAAUGUAUUUUAUAGUACAAAAAUAGGCAGAUAUAACUAGAAGCAGCUUUCCUAGAACACUGACAAAAAAACCUCAAUAUCACAAAUGUAGUAGAAUGGAGGAAAUAAAAAUAUUUUACUUUUUCAAUGGAAAUCUCAAACGGUAAAAAAAAAAAGUCAGAGUAUAUAUUGCUGAGUCUCAAUAUUAUUCCAAAAUAUAACAUUUUGAACAGCAAUGAAGAAGAAAAAAAAAGGUAUUGGCAAGCUGUGAAAAUACAACGUAGUAAAGAGAACCGCUAUGAAUUGUACCUUUAUAUGACGUGCGUCCGAUCACUUGGCACUUCUUUUCUGGCACACUUGAUAACAAUGCUCAUUACGUGUUCUAAUUCUGCAACUUUUCCACAUAAUGCCUGUUGAUGCAGAAUCCAGUGUAAGAAAAUUGGUACUUCUGCAUUUCUUUCUUUAAUUUUUUUCAGCACUGCUAGCCAGUCCACUGUUUUGCCCAGUCAUAUGUGGCACACCAUCUGUUGUAAUCCCAGUUAGUUUCUUCCAAAGUAAUUCUGCAUUUAGGCUACCUUACCCAUUUUAAUGAAGAACUGUGGCUUUUUAUUGCUGUUUGUGUAAAAAACAAAACAAACAAAAAAAAACUCCCAAUAAAUGACGCACAUAUACUACUUGAAAAGACAUUUUAAAAAGGCAAAAUAUUGAUCUGUGUAAAUAAUAUGUAUACAAAUAUGAAUUGAAUUAUUACCCUCCUAAAUGUUACAGAUUUUUGUGGACUGUGAUGAUAAAAGUUAUGUAACAAUUCUGGCUUCAGGAAAGUCAAGAAGCAUUGUUUAUAGAAAUAAAAUAAACAUUUUUAAGUUUAAAAAAUCGGGAUGCUGUGACCACCUUCAAGCCUCAUUUCAAGAACAGAAAGUAAAUCUUUGCAUAAAUGCAUUGUUUUUUUUUGUUUAUCAUUCAAUCUGCAAAAUGUACCUUGGCCUGAAAAUAACACCACCAUGUUUUUCUGUCUUUGAGGUACAGACUUACAGUAUAUAAUGUGUCAUAAGAACCUAAGAAAGUUUACAAACGAGAGGAAGCCAUUUGGCCCAUCUUGCUCAUUUGGUUGUUAGUAGCUUAUUUAUCCCAAAAUCUCAUCAAGCAGCUUCUUGAAGGAUCCCAGGGUGUCAGCUUCAACAUGACAGCUGUCUAAUGACUUACAGCAGUUAUGUGAGCUCUCAUUUUCAUAGACAAUUGUUUUAAGAAGUGGUUUCACAUGCUGUAAAUAGAAGUCAAAGUGGCCUACUGGAACUUCACCUGCACAACUACUGGUGGUUAUAACGUUGGAGUUGACCAAAUCAAAUGCUAGGUAGUGCAGAGGGUAUGCUUUGUUUUUAUUCAUUAAACCACAAAUUAAUAGGCAGGGUACCGCAAAAUGUAAUACAAAUGGUUAAUCCAUAAUGUAAAAACACAACAUUGAAAACAGAACAAUUGUGUAUUACCUUUUACAGAAGUUUAUGGAGAAUUGUAAAAAGAUUAUUGCAAUUUUACUAGAUUAAACUACAGUUUGGAAGA